ACAGCCCUUAGCUAUGGUAUAUUGGCCAUAUACCACACCCCCUUGGCCCUUAUUGCUUAAUUAUACAAGGUAAGCGGUCAAAACAACAAAGCUAAAUUCAACAGCUCAAAGAAACCUCUCGAUCUGAGUCCUACAGGUACAGGAAGAACGGUUACUGCUGGUUGAACUUCAAACGGUGAGUCAUGGAUGAUCUUGAGUCAGAACUGAGGGUGCCAGGUGAACUGGGCGAAAAUGAGUCUUCAGAUGAUGAAUCAAUCAACAGAAAACGAAUCAAGAAGCCAAACCUUCCCCUGGCGCCUCCUAUAUUUAAAGAGAAACCCUGUGAGACUGGUUUUCACAAGACCACAAGGAACUGCCUCCAGCACAUCAGGGAGGCCCUGCUGCACCAUAGAUGGCAGAAAGCUGCCGAGUACAUGUCCAGUUACUCACAAACACUGGAGGACACAACUGCAAACAUGCCACAACUCUACGCUGAGAUCAUUUGGAGGAUAGGCACAGAGAUACUACACCACCAUCCCGACUCAAAGCUGGAAGACUACAACAGUUUCUAUGAGCGAGUGAAACACUCAGGAGUAAAACAUUACCUGAAAGUCUGUCUGGAGCACUCGUUCCACCUCCUGGUGAAUGGGCAGUUUGAGGACGCCAAGCGUCAGCUGUCCAUUGCUGAGAGCUGGCGGUACGGCAAGCAGUCAGCCGAUCAGUCCCAGCGGAUUAAGUUGAUCCAGGCCUACAGUGGCUUCCUGGAUUACAUCAUCUGGUGUGAAAAAAAAGCCACUGUCUCCAGCACAGAUGAGUAUGAUGCAGGUGUCAAUCAAGAGAUGCACAGCUACUUCCGCCAAUCCUCUGUGAACCUGAAGGAGAUCAUGAAGCUUCCUGGUGUCUGGGAUCCUUUUGUUCUGAGUUACAUUGAUAUGCUGGAAUUCUACAACGAUCACGAGGGAGCUGUGAAAGUUCUAAAUGACUACGCCUAUGACAACAAUUUGCCCCCCAACCCCAAUGCCCAUGUCUACCUCUACCGGUACAUGAAGAAACACGACCACCCAUCAAAGAAACUGCUCAAAGUGCUGAAGAUCCUGCAUACAUUGGUCCCAAGUCAUGAGUUAAUGCUGGAAUACUGUUCUCUUCUGCUACAAUCCGACAAAGAGGGGGAUCUUCAGAAGGCUCUAGGUGUGGUUCUGGAUCUCCUGGACUACGCCAGUUGGAGGAGCAACUUGGAUGUCUGGAACCAUUUGAUGACCAUCAUCAAGAGGCUGAGGCUCAGAAAACAAUGGCUGAAGCUUGUUGAAGAGGAGAUGGCGAACAGAAAGGACUGGUGGCUAGCAAUGCACUUCACAACAUUCCAGGCCAGGAGAGACUUGGCAGUGAAUAGAGAGCUACUGGAAGUGAAGCACUUUGUGGUUGGAGCCUUUUGUCCUCGCUAUGCUUCCAUGUACUGUGGUGUUGGUAAGGAAACCCGAAAAGGAGUUACUUCUGAGGCGCAGAAGACUAAAAGGUCCAAGAAGGCCGAGAAGGAUAAGGAAUCCAAGACCGCUAAGAAGGCCCAGAAGAGAACACGGAAAGCAAAGUCCAGACUGACUUUGAGAAAGCUCCUGGAACGGCGCCGGGCACAUCGGCAAGAACAGAAAUGUUUUAAAGAUGCGUGAAGAGCUUCCACCAUUGCCUGAUCAUAGCAGACAUGACCUCCUCAGGCAGGCCUCUCUCGCAUUGCAUUGCAUGUCAAGUUCUACGAUUGUCCACCAGGGAGAGCUCAUACUAUUGCUACAUUUUGAGUCGUUCUGGAUGCUGCUGAACCACAAACUGAGAGCUGUGUUCACUGUGGUAGUUUGUAGGUGAAAGGGAGGCUGGGUAUGCUGCGGUAUUAGGUCUAGGACAGGGUACACAGCUCUACAACCAGUAGAUCACGAGCCAACAUAUGAGUAGCUCUCCAAGCAAUUCUGAAAGUACAUGCAUGUUUUCCACGUGUUCCCAUCGCAAACUUUCAUAAACAAGCUAUUGUUCAACCAAAGCCACAUUGACAUUAUCCUACCCCUGGUUAGCCACUAUUGACUUAAAAAGCCAAAAGUAACACUAAAUCUGCCAAUUAAUUUCCAGCAAUAUUGCCAUUUGCUUCAGUCUGUCUGCUUGGUGUGUGCAUUUGUCUAUCACUCAGUAUGUAGCCCGUUAGCCAUGCUAGUAAUGAUAACCCUCUCUUGUGGGUAGACUGAAAGACUUAAUUAAACGUUAACUGCAAAGUAGGCUUACCUGACAAAGAUAUAAUUAUUAUUUGUAUCAAUUGGGUGGCCAUCCUUUUGCAAACUCUGCCAUGACAUGCUGCAGCAGUAGGCCUAACAGACAUCACUAGACUGACACAUUCCCCUCUUUCUAAAUGCGCAUUUAAAGGGGAGUUACACACCCCCCCAAAACAAUUGUAUGUUUUUAUUUGGGACCUCAAAAUUGCUCUUCUGUGAUUUAAGCAUUGACAUGUACUCAGAACAUCAAUUUUUGUUGUUCCUCUAUCAAUAAUUGUAACAUUGACAGUAGAAAACAGGAAAAAUGCAACAGAAUUCCCGAAAAUACAAAAGGUAAUUUAAUGGGGCCCCUUAGAGGUGUUUAUUAACCAUUAUUUUAACAGGUAUAUUGACAGAAAACACAUCUCAUGCUAGAAAAGGUUGGAGACCCCUGAUCUAGGAGGUAAUAAGCUCUGAGGCUGGCUGUGGCCUCAACUGAACCUCUGCUGAUUCAUGGAGAACCCAGCUGAAUUAACGGGGAGGCGACAUGUUGGAAUUGACUCAUAUUUUGGGACGCCAAAGAGCAGCAUCAUAACAGAAGCAAAAGACAAUGCAGUGAUACAGAGAGAAAAAGUACAUUUCUGUAAACUGCUGUUGCGAUUCUUCCGUCACGUUCAUGCUGACACCACAGACAACAUUCUCUAUCUCACACACAUACAGGUGGAACGCAAGUGUGAUUACUGAACACCCCUCCAGCCGCUCGAUGCAGGAUAACAGAGCUCACUUUCACGGGCCAAGGGCUUGCAGGCUGCCUGGGAACAGAGAACAGUGGGCCCAGCUUUAUCAUGAUUAAGGACAACAUCAUACACGUUUGUUGUCAGAACCUGCGAUGGAGCCUUUUGUUCCUGAACAACUAACUGUGCUUUAUGACCUGUACUAUUCAAUGUUAUGGAGUUACAGGGAUCAAAUACUCUGUUGAUAUUUUACUGUAAAGUGAGAGUGACUGUCGAUACUUUACUGUAAAAUGAGUGACUUGAUUGUUUGAAUUUGCGCUGUUGUACCUGAUUCAUUGCUGUAAUCUUUGUGCCUGUGGAAUGGUGAAUGUUACAGCUGUAUUUUGUACUGUUUGUUACUGAAUAAACAAUUGAUUAGUUGGCUGAAAAAAAUAU